AGAUGGCGGGAGCACCAAGAAACCUCGAAGAAGUCAACCGUGUGGCUGAUGCUGCAGGCCUUGUCAACAGAACAGGACCUGUACAAGUGCUGUAUUUCUCUUCCACCUGCAACACUAACAAAUAUCAACUUUUAGAACUUCCAACAGGAUUACUUGACACCCUUCAGGUUGGAAAUAGUGUUGUUAUUAGAGGCGACAAGGAAGACGAUGCUGUCCUGUGUACAGAUAGAGUAACCUUUGACCUGCGAUUAGCUGAUACAUCAAACUCUCUUCUUUUAGUUCCUCAGUGCAGCCUAUCCAAGGAUGAAGAAUUCAAGGCAGAAGUUUCUCCAUUGGUUCUUCGAGAGGUGGCCAGUUCUCACGCAAAAUAUUUUGAAGUCAAACAUUGUAGGCCACGUUUGGAAAGGCUUAGGCAUCUGCUUACUGAAACUUUGUAUAAAGGAACUGAAAAUGAAGUGGAUCUCAAUGAUGAGACAGAAGGCAACACUACAAAGAGGAAAGAUGUGUACACUUUUGUAGACCUACUCUCUUUAGUGCAAGCAAGUGAAUCUGAACUUCGUGAAGGAUUAAGGAAUAUUGGUGCUAUAGAAAUCAAUGGGCACUGGCGGCUGCUUGAUGCAGAUUACAGAGAAAAAGUUGUAGUAAGGAUUUUGACUUUACUUGAAGAGAUGGACUGGAGUUAUGAAGCAGUGCCAUUGAAGGAAUGCUGUGAUAUACUGGAGGAACUUGAGCCAAGAAACAUUCUUGAGCACUGUCUCAAUUGUUAUGGUGAGAUAACAAGUAUGGACACUGACUCAGGUGACAAUGCCAUUCACUACAGGCUUUCAGAAGACAAAAUUUGUAGAUUUUAUGCAGAAUAUCUCCUGAGACAAGCUGGGAAGUUUAAUUACAAUGAAUUUAUGGAUUCCUGGUGUCAAAGUGUUCCAGAGGGAAUGACCACAAAGUCUGAACACUUAUCUGGUAUUGCCUUGAUGGACUUGAAAAGUCUCCCACCAGUCAUAUGGCAUUUUCCUGCUUCUGAGCUUUCAAAUGACCCUGAAUUACGGUUUGGUGAACUUUUUAAAGUGAGAGCAAAGUGGACAUUUGAUGAAAUACAGCCUUAUUUAAGAGACCUAGUGGCACCUGGACUGUCACUCAAUGCUCUCCUUAUGAAGUACUCUAGGUCCUCAAUGGACGCCUCAGGUGUCAAGAUCUAUAACUCGAAAAAGCCCCUCUGAGCAAAUUCAAUUGCAGUUUUGUGGUUAGAACUAGAAGCUUUUCUGACAUGCAGAAAUGAUCACAGUUUUAACAUUUCUCUCAAGUACUUCAGAAGAUACUUCACACAGUGGAAACUAAGACACUAGCAAAGAGAAUAUCACAGCUUAGACUCUUGUUCAUAACUGUGAUGUGUUGAAAGCCUUGGUUGUUGUAAAAGAUUGGUCAGUUUUGUCAUUUUAAUUUGACACAACUUUUAUUACCUUGGUUCAAGCUAAAAACUCUUGAAUACUGAAGAUGUGCUUAAGACAAACAUUGCAAAUUAACUGAAACAUUAUAGAACUGAACUGUUGUAAGGACAGUCUACUUAGAAUUGAUGUUAUGCCACUCUUGAACAGAAGGGUUAACUCAUGCAGCUGGAGAUAUUUUUGUGGGUGUGUAUGAGAAAAGUAAAGUAAACACACUGAAGUUAAUCCUUGAUCAAGAACUUUUAUUACCACUGACAAUUUUAACUGCAAAAUUUGCCUUGAAUCAAUGAAAUACCAAAUUGUACAUCUUACAAUAUCCUGUAACUUUUUCAAAUGAAAAGAUCCUGAUCAUAGGCAGAACUCUAUUAAAGAGUUAGGAUGUAACAAUUGCCACUAGCACCAAGAGUAUUUAAUAUAUUAAAACUCUCAUUUAUUUGACUCGCAGCAAAUUAAACUAGUUCAUGCAAAGAAAAUCCAUUUCAGAUGAUCAGUUUAAUUGCGAGGUCUUUACGGGACCAUGAAAGUGAAAUUUAAGGUUGCUCUCCAUUUAUCAGGUCUAACCACACUGAAAGAUGUGGUUUUUGCUAGUGUCUAGAAAACAGAAAACAAAAUUCUAAUCCUUUUAAUUAUUAGCUAAGCUGUUUUGUGCUAGAAAUAACUUUGAGAUAAAUGUGCACUACUAUUAGCAAAAUUCAACACUAGAAACUACCAUGAAUUUGACAAGUAGUCUAUGCAGAAGACUCACAGGACAGGGUCAUGUUCAGAACCAGUUAAGCCAGUUCUCAGAACAGAUCCACUCCAUCUAUAAAGUGAACAGUCAACUAAAUGGAGAACAGCUUGAGAAUAAUGCAAUAAAUCCAAAAAGAACUAGGCAAGCUAACUUCAGAAAAAAGACAAAAUUGCUUUUCUUUAUAUUGCCUUGUGUAAUAGCACAUCUGUUUCACAUUCUUUUCUACUUUUUAACCCUUAAAUCCCAGAAAUGAUUAACAUGUAACCUCUCCCUGUGAUAUCCAUACAAUAUGCAGUAAAUAGGUAAUGAGAAUACUCAAACUUAUCAGGUUGAAGCUGAUUUAACACCAAACUCUCAUAACUUAUUACCGUGAAAUUGUGUAGUAGCAAGAGGGGAGAAUCAAUUAUCAGAUCUUGGGAUUUAAAGGGUUGAAUGAAGAUAACUUAUAUUUACCCAAAAAGCUACUUACACCCAGUUCUAUUUCAUAAGUCGAGAAUUAUGUCUACCAGAUACAUAUUUUUUACAGAAUUUUGUACAGAUAUAUGUUAAAUAAAUGAAUGAUUUGGUAUCAAGGAAAAAUUUAAAAAGAAAUAAUUUUCCCUUUAGUAAAUGGAUAGCUAUAAAGAUAACCUGUAUCUCUUUAGAACUGAAGAUUUUCACCUUUCCCCAUGCUUUGGGAAGAAUUUUCAAUAAAAUAACUGAAUUAUAUCCUGCUGGAAAUAGUGCAAUGUUUAGCACCCUGUUCUUUACUGUUCAUGUAUCUU